GCCAAGUUGCUUCCAUUCUUCACCAGCACUCUCUCUUAUCAAGCCAGGAGUAAGACCACCUUCCCCAAUAACGUUAACUACCUCCUCUGUUCUAUCUAUCCGAAGCACAGAACAGGACAUUGAGCAAACAGGAGCUCGCAGGAGAGAACACAAUGCAGGGAGGGCAGAUGAUAGUUGAGGAGAAUGCUCAGCUUUCCACUGUCCUCACCUCCUCGGCAAAACCUAGCUAUAUCCCAUCACUGACCAAGAUAAUCGCCACGCUUGGCCCGAAAUCGCGCUCCGUCGACACGAUCGAGGCGUGUCUGAAGGCGGGAAUGUCGGGUGCCCGGUUCGAUUUUUCUUGGCUAGAUGGAGACUACCACCAGGAGACCCUCGAAAACUUGAGGAUCGCCAUGAAAAAUGCUAAGAAGCUCUGUGCGAUUAUGCUGGAUACUGUCGGCCCCGAGCUUCAAGUGUGCAACACCACCGGCAACCCGAUCGAUCUGAAGGCUGACACGCACGUGACCAUUACUUCAAAUAUAUCUAAAGAGGCUUCUGCUGAAGUUUUACCUGUCGACUAUGCCGAAUUCCCUAAAAUCGUCAAGAAGGGUGACACGGUAUUUCUUGGGCAGCAUCUCUUCACAGGACACGAAACAUCAUCUGUGUGGCUCGAGGUUUUAGAGAUAAAGGGGGAAAAUGUCAUUUGCCUCGUGAAGAACACAGCUAGUCUUUCAGGCUCCAUGAUCACUGUCUGUGUAUCAAAUGUCAAGAUUAAUUUGGCUACAUUAACCGAGAAAGAUAAACAGAUUAUCUCAACUUGGGGUGUUAAGAACAAUAUCGAUAUUAUCUCUCUUUCAUAUACCCGCCACGUUGAAGAUGUUCGAGAGCUUAGAGCUUUCCUCAAAAUGAAAAAUCUCAGCGAAACGCAAAUAUAUGCCAAAGUUGAAACGACGGAGGGUUUGAGGCAUUUCGAUGAGAUCUUACAGGAAGCAGAUGGGAUAAUCUUUGGCCGAGGAAACCUAGGGAUAGAUCUACCCCCUGAGAAGGUCUUUUUGUUCCAGAAGUAUGCCAUAAGCAAGUGCAAUAUGGUCGGGAAACCUGUAAUUGUUACCCGAGUGGUCGAUAGCAUGACAGGAAACCUUCGCCCUACUCGAGCUGAAGCAACCGAUGUUGCUAAUGCAGUUCUUGAUGGUGCUGAUGGUAUUAUGCUGGGAGCAGAGACUCUUCGGGGACUGUAUCCCGUAGAUGCAGUUAGAACUGUAGGGAGAAUUUGUGCCGAGGCUGAGCAUGUCUACAAUCACACCCUUCAUUACAAGAAAAUUGUCAAACAUGUCGGGGAGCCCAUGACUCAUGCUGAAUCUGUGGCAUCAUCGGCGGUUCGAUCUGCCAUCAAGGUCAAGGCUGCAACCAUCGUUGUUUUCACAUCCUCUGGGAGAGCAGCAAGGUUGAUCGCAAAAUAUAGGCCGCCCGUGCCUAUAGUGGCCAUUGUCAUCCCCCAUCUCCGAGCCAACUCGCUCAAAUGGACUUUUACCGGCUCCUCACAGGCUAGGCAGUUGCUCGGGGUGAGAGGAAUCUACCCGAUUCUGGCCUCCCCAGAUGUUGCAGCUCCUGGUAGCGAAGAAUCUGGGCUGAGACCUGCAAUUGAUCACGGGAGAUCUGCGGGAUUCCUCAAAUCCAAUGAUCGCAUUGUCGUGUUUCAGAAGGUAGGGAACUCAUCAGUGGCCAAAAUCGUCGAACUGCAGCAGUUUUUCAUAUGAUAGGCCAUGUCUUAUCAUUCGGUUUCUUCCUCCAUUUCCAGGACAAUUAUUAUGUACCAUGAUUUUAGCUGCAAAUAUGAGCAGCACAUGUCUGAACUUAUAAUGAUCGAGUACGACUUUAACAAAGAUACAACGUGUAAAAUCUUUUGCUCGAGAUGGAGCAAGAAGAAGUCUAAGAAUCACAUACUUUGAAAUCAGAA